CCACUGCACCGACCGCAACCGAGACACUAGCUAGACUCUAGAUCGAGAAGAGAGCCAUCGGACGUUUCAUUGAUCAUGGUGAGGCAGGGCGCGCAGCUGAAGAAGAUGCUCCGGAGGUGCUCGUCGAGCCUGGGAAGGAGGGACGAGGCUGGGCCACCGGAGGACGUGCCCAGAGGCCACUUCACGGUGUACGUCGGCACGGGUAGGAGCCGGUACAUCGUGCCGGUGGCCUGCCUGGACGCGCUCGAGUUCCAGGAGCUGCUCAGGAAGGCCGAGGAGGAGUUCGGGUUCAGCCACGACAUGGGCAUCACCCUGCCCUGCGACGAGGCCACCUUCCACGCCGUGCUUGCCACCGCAGCCAUCAGAUAGGCGGUGAUGCCGCCGCCGUGCGCACCAUUCCGUGCAUUGCAUUGCUUGACCAUCUGUAGAACUGUACGUAGAAACAGCUGGCUAGAAGAUUGUUCUCGUCGUAUUUUGUAAUGUUGUUGAUCGGUUGGUCGAGGCAUUCGAUCGAGGUAUGAAAAUCUCAGAGCGGUGUUGCCGUUUUGGCUGCCCUGUGAGAACAAGCAGAUCGCAAGAUCUUGCCAAGUAAAAAUCCACGAUUUUUCUUCA